CAAUUUCACAAUCCUGGUCUGUCUUUCAAAGCUCUUUUCACAUUCUCCUUCCCCUUCUCACUCCUUUCAGUCCUCCAUCCAUCACCUGGAGUUCAUUCUCAAGCAGAUGAUCAUUGGUAUCACACUUUCAAUUGUCCUUUGAACCCCUUGCUUGACUGUACCGGUGCCAAUUCCAGCACAAUAUGGCUGCCGAACAGCAGAGGUCGGGCAAGCCGUGGAGUGGUACAAACAAAAUCCCAACCGUCAACCAAUUCAUUGCGAACCUCGACCGAGACAAGUCGAAAAGAGACCAAGAGAUUGACUCAAAGACCGCCGGACAACGAAAUGCACAGUACUCUAGUGAAGUCACUCCUCAUCAAAGCGAGGCGCCAAAGAAGGAGGGGAAAACAGUUACAGACCCAGUCACGGGAAAAGAUAUCGUAAUCGCAGAUGUCGGCAAAGAGUACAUGAAAAGAGCAGAUAACCCUCAGCUAUCAGUGCCCAACGCGAAUCUAGGUAAACCGACAACAGUCGCAACAGAUGCAUCCCAGAAGCAUCCCGAGUAUAAAGAGAAGCAGGACAUUACGGCACCGCCAGACCCAAUUGCCGAGGGUAGCACUUCAGACGUGCCCAUCCAUGGGGAGAAGACCAAUAUUCUAUUCCACCCUACACCUUCGGUCAGCUAUGAGCCAAUGUUCGAAGCUCUGGAGAAGCGUGCUGGCGGUCUUUGCCUUGCCAUUCUACUCUCCGUUGUCAUCCUGGGCAAGAUGUUCGGUGGCUCUCUCAAAGGUUUGAUACCAUUGGGCAUGUCUCUUGCCUCCGGCGUCUGGCUGUGGAUGAAAGAGGUUGUCAGAAGUGGUCGCGAAGUCGAAUGGUCUAGUGAACAAAGUCGAGGUGAAACGGCCACUGCAAACCUCCUACCUGAAUCGGUCGAAUGGAUGAACACAUUCCUCGCUGUCGUGUGGGGUCUGAUCAACCCCGACAUGUUUGCCGCCGUGGCUGACACCCUCGAAGAUGUCAUGCAAGCAUCGGUGCCAGGUGUCAUCAACAAUGUCCGGGUCGCAGAGAUCGACCAGGGCAAUAAUCCAAUUCGAAUCCUCAGCUUGCGCGCGCUCCCAGACUCUAGAGUGGGAGAUCUCAAGAAGAGCAUCCACGAAGAGAACAAGAAGACAAAAGAUCCCCAAGAAGCAGCGGCUGACGAGGAAGGUGGCGAUUACUACAACCUCGAAAUCGCGUUCGCUUACCAUGCCAAACCCUCUGGCCAGAGUACAUCUGCACGUGCAAGAAACAUGCACAUGAACCUCGUCUUCUAUCUUGGCGUCAAGGGGCUGGUUGGCGUGCCAUUGCCAAUCUUUGUUGAACUCCAGGAGCUUGUCGGAACUGUUCGACUCCGACUACAGAUGACACCGGAGCCGCCUUUUGCGAAGAGCCUCACUUUCACGCUAAUGGGUGUACCCCAUGUUCAGGCAGGGUGCAUCCCGAUGGUGAAGCGUGGGGUUAACAUCCUCAACUUGCCUCUGAUUUCCAACUUCGUGAACUAUGCAAUUGGUGCGGCUGCCAGCAUGUACGUCGCCCCAAAGUCGAUGCAGAUUGAUCUCAAGUCUAUCUUGCAAGGAGAUGACAUCACCAAAGACGUCCAAGCUAUUGGCGUCAUGUGGAUUCGAAUUCAUCGUGCCAUUGGACUCAGCAAGCAAGACCGUCGUGGCAGCAAGCACGGCGGAAGCGACCCCUAUAUCAAUUUGUCGUUCUCCAAAUACGGCAAGCCGAUGUACUGCACUCGUGUCAUCACUGAUGACCUUAAUCCAAUAUGGGAGGAGACGACAGCACUGCUCGUGACACCCGACCUAGUCAAAGCUGAUGAACAACUCAGUGUUGAGCUGUGGGAUUCAGACCGUAACUCCGCAGAUGACAUGGUCGGCAAAGUCGAACUGUCCAUGCAGAAAAUGAUUCAACAUCCCGGCAAGAUGUACCCGCAGAUCUCGAAACUCGCUGGUGUCCAAGACGGAUCCGAGAUGCCUGGUGAGCUGCACUGGGAAGUUGGCUACUUCGGCAAGCCCAAAUUCCGACCGGCUCUGCGAACUGAUGGCAAGGACAAGAACCUGCCUGAUCAGCUCAAGCAUGAUGACAAAUUCCAAGAUGAGAAGGGCAACCUGGAUACCGAGGAUGCCGAUGCCGUUGCACAUACUCCCCCGGAUCCACUGUGGCCAAGCGGUGUUCUGAGCGUCAUCGUCCACCAGAUUGUCAACUUGGAACUGGAGAACAUCAAGGGUAGCGAAGGAAACAGAAAGGGCCGAGAAUUUGAACCUGCCAAGCCGUAUGGAGAGGGUACUGAUGAAGAAUCAAGCAAAUUACCCACCUCGUACUGCACGAUUUUGAUCAAUGAUGCUCUAGUCUACCGCACUCGAGCCAAGGCAGUCAGCAGCAAGCCCAUCUUCAACGCCGGCACGGAGCGAUUCAUGCGUGACUGGAGAUCUGGCAUUGUCACCGUCACUGUCCGUGACCAACGAAAUCGUGAACAUGACCCAAUUUUGGGUGUUGUCCCUCUUCGCUUGUCUGACAUUCUGACCACCAGCUCUCAAGUGACAAGAUGGUACCCACUCGACGGUGGCAUUGGUUUCGGACGGAUUAGGAUCUCUCUGCUGUUCCGAAGUGUAGAGACUCGGCUGCCUCCAAACAUGCUAGGAUGGGACGUCGGCACAUUCGAGGUCCUCUCCAGCCAAAUUGUCGCCAAGGGCUGGAACCACAACACGAAGCUCAAGCUGCGCACUGGCGGUAGUAUAGGCAAGAUCCCAAGAGAUCGAUGCCAUAAGACUGAGAGUGGCGAAGGUGUGUAUUUCGAUGUGUCUCCCGAAAAUAAUCACCAUGUCCGACUGCCUGUCAAAUAUCGUUAUCGGUCACCCGUCAUCUUUGAAUUCCACGUUACUGGUAAGCGCGGUGCCGCGGCAUAUUCAAGUAUCUGGCUACAGAACGUGGUGGACAAUGAGGAGGUGCCCAUUGAUAUUCCGAUCUGGCAGACCAAGAAUGGGAACCGACUGGUGCAGAACUACAUUACCGAGGAAAAUGCGAAUGCUUUCAAAGACUGUGGACUCGAGGACUUGGAGGAGGUCGGUAGACUCCAAUUCCGAGGGCGCUUCAAGGCGGGUAUGGACGAAUCUCACCGGGACUUCAUUGUCGACAACGACUCCCGCGAGACGUUUGAAACCUUUGAAUGCUGCUUGACUGAAGGUGUUCGACAGCGCGUGGUCGAGGCCGAGGUGCCUGAAAACAUUCAGCAGAUGCACGAGGCUUCAUUGACUGAAGGUCGCGAUGUGCUCAAGCAAGAGAUUUCCGAGAGGGAAAAGCGCAAGUGGCUCAGCAAGAGCGGAGAGGACUGGUCAGGUGCUUUCAGUCACGAUCCCAGAGCUUAUACCAACAAGAACCACGAGAAGAUUGCCGAGCCUGGCAAAGAUGAGCCACCACACGACCCUUAUGCUCCGUCAGACGAUGAGGACAACGAUAACGUGGAUUAUGAUUCGAGUUCAUCCUCUGAUCUGGGCAUAACGGAUGCCAGCAAUGCUCCAGAGGGUGGAUUUCAAAAGAAUGCACGUGAGAAUGUGCAGGAUGGUCAUGUCGACGGAGAUCGACAGCCGCGUCCCAGUGGUGACACCAUGGCCACGACCGAUACCAACUAUACCACCAUGACCGAGGGAUCGACGAACUCGGUGCAGCCCGUGGCAAGGAGAGACUCCAAGUGGGAAAAGAAAGCCGGAAAGCGAGCGGAAGAGCGUAAGCAUCGGGGCUUGGCGCAGUGGACACCGGCGAGGAACGUCAGGUUUGCAACGGAUGAGGCCAAGAUCGGGAUGAGCAAGCUCAAGAAGAGGCUUGGUAUGGGUGGAUUGGGUGGAAGAGAACCAGGCGUCGAGACCGAGGCGGCUUAAUAAAGUGGACGAUGACGGCGCAGAAGGGACAGAUAGCAGAAAUCAUAGCAUCAUGAAUGUAGUAAUGGACCAUACUGAUAUCGGUUCCUUUUGUACGGAGUAUGAUGGGCG